AGAAAGAGAAGGACUGGGAGAGAGAGAGGGAGAAAGGGGUGAACAGGGUGAGCGAACAGGGUCUGGUCCCCCUGGACGUGGCUGCCCUUACCCACAAUUCCCCUCUGCUCAAUGUGUUGGCAAAGGCGGGAGCCAGACAUAACCCUGUUUUGUGCCGCCCGGCGGAGUGGGCGCUUAAGCUGGAUGCUCUGGUGGCGCUGGCGGGUAAACGGGUGGAGGAGGGGAAGCAGGAGUUGUUGAGGAAGGCGGGGGCAGGGCCCCAGGCAAAGGCUGAUGUCCAGAGACACAUCAGCUUAUGGAGCCUCAGGCUGCAACUGUACUGCCGGAUGAGACAGAACUUCCAUAAAACAGAGCUCCCUGGGCCUCCCAGUUAUGUGUCCAUACUGGUGACCAGCACAUCCUCUCUGUUUGUGGUGAUCCAAGAGCCAGAAGGUGACACCGUGGGGCUCAUCACCCGCUACAAAGUGGAAUGGAGCACCUCAGCCUGCUUCAAACGCAUCCUUGGCUCAGCCCAAGUUACAGAGACCAAGAACCCAUCCCAUAGUAUCAAGGGACUCACAGCAGGAGUGCCUUACUUUGUAAGAGUGAGUGCCUACAAUGUGAAAGGAUGGGGCCCGCCUCAGUGCUCUACUCCAGUCAGCGCUGCCCCCUCCAGUUGGAGAGAGUGCAUCGGUGUGAAGUCACAGUUCCGAAAUCACGAGGGCCUCGUGAGGAAACUGCUGGAAGACGCCAGAGAACCACAUUACAGAGGACAUUGCAUAGAGAGCUCUAAGCCCCAGAGUCCCUGCAAGCGUCUCUCUGUGUCUCGAGGCAUCAAACAACUGUUCCAGUCCGCCACCAAGUUUGUUCGUCUCCUACAGAGGGGCGUGUACUUGGCUACUGUGUUCUACCACAAGGAAAACAUCCUGGUGACAGCUGAAGAUCAAAUCCCACUGGUGGAGAUCCAUUGCUGCUCCACCUCCAUCAUCCACGACUUUCUCUGGUUUGCCAAGUUGUCCUGUGCAUGGCAACAAGUGCCCUGGCUCCAGCAGGCCCUUUCCUCUGCUCACUCAUCCCCCUCCUCCCUCCUUCAGAACAGGCACAACAUUUUAAGAGCUGUUUCCCAGCUGCAGUCCUCUCUGGGAACAAUGGAACUGGGCCAGGUGUACUACGAGCCUCUGAAAGACCGGCAGGGCAACGUCAUACUAGUGACUCUGAAGGAGUUCCCAAAUCCUCCCAGCCCUCCUGACCCUCCGCUCCACUGGAUGCCCCUGGACCGCCUGGAAAAGAACCGCAGCAGAACUCCUCUGCUGCCUGAGCCCACUUCCAUGGACAUGCUCUACGAGCAGCUCAAGGAGAUGCUGUCCCUCCACAGGCGCAGCAUUCAGGUGGCCCAGCCCGGUCUGUACGUUGGCAUCCUGAAACUGUGCAGCUCUGUGGAACAGAUCAGAGUCCUGGUGCCCCAGAGGCUGCCCAAUCUACUCUGCCACACACGGGUCCGACACAAUGCCCACGUUUCCAGAGAGGAGUGGGCGUGGCUUCAGAGUCAUGUCAACACCACAGCCAAUGGCAGCGCUCUGAACCUGUUGAGUGGUGAGGACGAGGGAGCGAUGGAGAGCAGCAGCAGCCCGGUGGAGUUCGUCAGGUCUCUGAGAGCAGCAGUCACACAUCUCCUGACCAAGCUCAACAUCCCCCUCUACAGGGCGUAUCAAUAUGGUGUGUACACCCGGGAGCUGCUGCAGUUUGGAGACAAGAUGUCCAUGGUGCUGCUGCUGCCUCCCAGUGAGGACUUCAGCUCCAGCUACUGGCCUAUGGUGGGGACCAAAGAGUCUGGGCUCACCAUGCCCCUGCAGAUCUUCGAGCUGGUUCACUUCUGGACGUAUGAACGGGACUUCCUGUCCCAGUACUGCAAGGCCUGGGUGGGGCUGGAGCUGGACACUCACCUGGCACAGCAGGCUCUGCGGGAGGCCCUGGACACCAAGGAGGUGCAGGAAGCCCGAGAGUGCCUGACCCACGUCACCGAGCUUUCCCAACGUCUGGAUGUGGUGUGGAGGGACGCCCGCUGGAUCAUGGACUGUCUGCAGUGCGUUCGGUCCAAGCAGUGGGUGGGGGCGGUGCCUCUAGGCCUGGUGAUGGGAGGAGACCCGCCGCCACGUCCAGAAGGCGAGGAAGAGAGGGAGAGUUUGACUGCCAGACUGACGUGGCCCCAUCAGAUACAAGCACAGAGAGCCAUUGCAGAGCGUUCAGCCAGUGUGACCCCACCAAAUGUCAUCUCCGCCGAGAUUUCCGCUCCAUCGGGAGUCAUGGACGUCCCCAAAGAGGCCACGCUGUUAAUGGAGGGUGUAGUGAAGGGAGGAUACCCUGUAGACAUUCCCACUCAGUCAACUGUAGACUUGACAAGCAUUGGCCAGUCAGAAUUAGGAUGUGAAAGCGCUUUUAACAAAUCUGGACUAGAGCCCGGUGCUGUUGCGCAGUUUGAAGUGGGCUACACAGUUUUAGACAAACGUGAGGAACAGAACUUUCCCUCCAGCAUCGGUGAUGUAAUCCGGCCAAUGGAGAUGGCAGAGCUGGCGGACAUCUUUCCCACGCUGAGUCUCAUCGAGGAAGAGACGCCCAGUGGCCCGUCCUCACCAUCAGUUAUGGAUAUGCUGGAGAGCUUCGCACUGAGGAUCGGCGAAAGCAAAACCUUCUUCGACUUGGAGAAUUCAGACUUGAUCAACGGAGCCGGGUGUCCGUCAAAGCCCAACCCGGACCGUAACAGCGCCGGUAGUGUGACAGAGACUCACUGUAAGAAUUCGGCCAAGGUGAAUGCCACAGGCGGCGACGUGUCUGUGAUGAGCUGGCCUAUUCCUCCAGAGGAUACAGAGACUCAGCAGGUUCCCGUAAAGGGAGCAUCCUUUACGUUAAGACACCAGGUGGAGUGGGACAGACCUGCUGACACUUCUUCCUGAUAUCGACUCAAGCACCAGCCUACUUUGUAUCACUUUAAAACCAAAUCAGUAGGCUGCAGCGUAGUUGAUUGACAGACGUUUUUAUUUUUUCUUUGUCGAUUAGUGUCCAACAUUUAAUAUGAACUACUGUGGAGGAAAAUUCAAGUGACAUCGAGAUACAACUUCAUCUUACACGAUUUAUGUGGUUUGCACAUUUCUGGGCCUCUAGUUCAUAUUUCUUUGAUAUUCAGUUCAUAAGAGCUUAUUGUGUGGAAAAACUAAACUAUAAUUUAUGUGGUUUGCACAUUUCUGGGCCUCUAGUUCAUAUUUCUUUGAUAUUCAGUUCAUAAGAGCUUAUUGUGUGGAAAAACUAAACUAUAGUCAUAGUUUAUGACUUGAAGCUCCAUCACUCACUACAGGACCAAGCAACAUUGCUGCUCGGUGGAGCUAGUAAACAAACUCAUUAAAAGCAUCCAGUUCAGUAAAAUGGAAGUGUUUUUUUACUUUAUUUGAUCAGGGACAAUGCACAAAAAAUAUUAGUCUAUAAAAGAAGAGAUGUCAUGUGCCAGGUUAUAGCAGAAAAUGCUAAUUUCCAACCGCAGUCCCUGGACAGGUUGAGGUUAUACUUACAAAAAUUCAUAAAAUAUAUGUACAAUACAUGAAAGCAUUACUUCACUCACAUCAUAAAAACACUCUCCACUUCAGGAAUCUAUCACUCACUCACUCACUCACAGUUUACAUCAUUUAUAUCACAGUCAUUGCUUUGCAGUCUAUAAAAGACUGCCCUACUGUACUGUAUGUGUAGAAAAAUCGUUGUGUUUCUCUUUGGUUUACCUGUGUGCACUUUGGCAUGCCAUAACAAAACAGAAGCAAAAUGUAUAAUCCUGUUGCUUAUAUGUGAACUGCUGUCAGUCCAACCGAGUUCUACCGGUUCCUGCCAGUUCUGAUAUCCAAGUUCUGAAGCCCAGAUAUCUAAUGAGAGAAAAAAACGCAUUUUGCGUGGGUGCUGCAAGAAAACCAAACUCAAGAUGUGAACUUACAGUUGUGAUAAGGACGUAGAGGAUAAUUUCUUCUUCAGUUUCCUUAGUUAUGGUAUUUUCACCAAUGGUCCUUCACUACAAAGGCCUAUACAAAAGCAGGUUUUCAAGAAGUACUCAAAAGUGUCUUUUAUUUGCCUGAAUUUGCCUACUAUGUUACAACUGUCCGGGCCUCAAUUUGUUAAGGAAAAUGCAAGACAUUCAAAUUCCCACAUUCAUGUCUGCUCUUUUUUUUAUUUAUUUUUUUGCUUCGGAGAUUUAUCCUCCCGUUGUUGUAUCUGUAUAUCUUUACCUCCUUCUGCAUGGCAUCCACUCAACCAGAGAUCGAACUACAGCCAAGGAAACACGCAGACUUGUUUUAAUGUUUUGGUAGUAACCGAAGAGAGAGUGAGCAAAUUGUGAUGAUUGGAUAAAGAGUUUUCCUUACAUGGCUCCAUAUAUGGCUAAUUGCACAUGGCUGUUUUUUUUUUUUAAUUAGGAGCUAUUAUCUUUGGUAGGAAAAAGAUAAAUACUUAAGUGAGUUAUAAGAUUUAAACUUCAUGAAUGGUCAUUAUGUAUUCAACUGUUAAGUCAGUUGAACUGCUGCCCAAACUAUUGUUAAAAAUCCUAUUAAA